AUGGCCCGACCUCAGCUGUAUCUACCAGAACCCUUUAAGAUUGCCUAUGGAAAAGUUGGACAGUGCCGAAGAUUCCAGCAACUCAAGAAGAAAAAUGGCUCAUUCAAAAGGAAGGGGAUAGAAAGAUGGCAUAGAGCUGUGUCUACCAACUUACUAAAACAAAAUGUAUUGGUCCCUAAAGAGGAGUCAUCCAGUGAUAGUGACAUGGGAUUUCAUGAAAGUCAACAAAAUCAGAAAAGGAAUUUGAUGACGAAAGUGAAGACUGCUUUUGGGAGGAUGCUGUCCUACAAGUGUAGAAGCAAGCUAGCAAGUGCCAGCAAAGAGGGCUCCACUGACCAUAAGGAAGCCCUACUGUCAAACAUGCAGAGCCUUCUCCCUAGGAUUGUCAAGGAGCUUCCAUCUCCCAAGUUAUUUACAGCAAAAAUGAGAAAGCUUUCAGAGAAUGCGACUAUACAACUUGAUGUUGUAGAGGCAGAGACAGAGGAGAUAACCCAGGGAAAUACACUCCUUCGGGCCAGGAGAACCACCAAGCGGUUAUCUGUGACAUCUCUUCCUUCAGGACUACAAAAGGGGCCAUAUUCACCAAAAAAGAGACCACACUUUCCAGCACUUAAAAAGAAGCAUGGCAUGAAAAACAUCCUUCGAAAAUCAGAUUUGACAGUAGGAAAGCUUCAAAUGCAGGUGGAUGACCUCAUAGAAACAGUGACUGAUAAAUCCAUGAAGUUAUUGGCCCAAAGACAUGCUGAGCUUCAACGGUGUGAGUUUCUGGGGGAUGAAAUUCUUCAGUCUUCUAAACAGUUCCAGAGGAUAUCCAAGAGAACCAUGAGGAAGUAUAAAUUUAAAAAUGUGUGUUUCCCAUGUACCUGCUGCUGCUGCUUCUGACUUUGUUCCUGAUUCUUUAAAAGUUAUCUUCCCUAGGCUGGGUGUGGUGGCUCACGCCUGUAAUCUCAGCACUUUGGGAGGCCGAGGCAGGCAGAUCCUUUGAGGUCUGGAGUUCAAAACCAGCCUGG